AUGUCAGACAAGUUUUUGUUGGAGAGGUCGCCAGUUAAAUACUUGUUGGAAGAAAUGCAUGGUGGAAAUUCGUUACGGAUGACAACAACCCUUGCCAAUGAGAAGGAUCGGGAAAGAGUAUAUGACACUAUUUUUCGCAUGCCUUGGCGUUGUGAGUUGCUCAUAGAUGUAGGCUUCUUUGUGUGCUUGGAUUCAUUCCUGUCACUGUUAACGAUCAUGCCAAUUAGGCUUCUCACAAGCUCUUGGAGGCUUUUGAAAACAAGGCAGUUGAAGUCACUUUCAGCAGCGGAUCUUUCUGACUUUGGAUGUUUUCUUAUGCUGGCUUCUGGAAUUAUUCUAUUACAACAAACAGAUAUCAGCCUGAUCUAUCACAUGAUUAGAGGUCAAGGAACGAUCAAACUCUACGUGGUGUAUAAUGUAUUGGAGAUAUUUGAUAAAUUAUGCCAAAAUUUUGGUGGAGAUGUGUUGCAAACACUAUUCAAUACUGCUGAUGGUUUUGCAAAUUGCUCACCAGAAAACAUGAGAUAUUGGCUUUGGAGAUUCAUCUCUGAUGAAGCUUUAGCUGCAAUCACCCUGUCGACCUGUAUAGUUGCACACAACAAUGCGUUGUUUGCUUUGCUGGUCUCAAACAAUUUUUCAGAGAUAAAGAGCAAUGUUUUUAAACGUUUCAACAAGGAUAACAUACAGAGUCUCGUAUAUUUUGAUUCAGUGGAGAGGUUCCAUAUUGCAUCCUUUCUCAUUUUUGUCUUGGCUCAGAAUAUUUUGGAAGCUGAAGGUCCUUGGUUUGAGAAUUUUCUUUAUAAUGCCUUUGUGGUUUACAUAUGCGAAUUAAUGAUUGAUAUAAUCAAACAUUGUUUCAUUGCUAAAUUCAAUGAAGUAAAGCCCAUUGUAUAUUCUGAAUUUCUUGAAGACCUUUGCAAACAGACUCUAAAUAUCCAGCCUGACAAUCCAAAGAAAACCCUUACGUUUGUCCCUCUGGCACCGGCUUCUGUGGUGAUACGAGUGCUGAGUCCAGUUUACGCAGCCCAUAUUCCAUGUGGGCCGAUGGUAUGGAGAGUUGUGUGGAUAUUUAUGUUGUCAGUGAUGACGUUUGUGAUGCUGACAAGCCUCAAACUCAUCAUAGGAAUGGGUCUUCGUAAACAUGCUACUUGGUAUAUUAAAAGGUGCCAAGGGAGGAAACUCCACUCCGAUUAAAUAAUCUUUAAUAAUAAUCAUAUAUAUAUAGAUGGGUACAUAUUUUUUUUUUCUAGAGGAAAAGUAUAAAUAUUAUCAACAUCAUCAGUUUUGGUUAUUUAAGGCAAAGGAGUUGGUAGAUUUUGUGAAAUGUUUGGACCAUCAACUAUUUUGUUUAAAAAGACAACGUUACAGAAGUGAAUAACACUAGGAUUUCAAAAUUCGGAACAAAUCAAGUAACAUACUGGC